CCGAGGACAGCGGCUCUACCACAGCAAAGCCGUUGAGGGACCGCGAUUCGCACUAGGUUUCGCAGAAUAUUGCCGUUUGCGCCUCCGGUCCCAUAGGGGCCGCUGUGCCCCUCCUCACUUCCUUCCCCAACCGGAAGUGGUCGCGGACGAGCGGCUCCACCACAGCUAGGCCGAGGUGGAACCGCCAUUCGGGCUAGGCCUCGACCAUGGAGCCGCCGUUCCCCCCACCCUUCGAGGGGCCGCCUCCGCCGCACUGCUUCCCGCCCGCCAGGCCGCCCACGCCGGGCCCUUUCCGCGGCAGGCCUCCGCCGUUCUUCUCUUCCCCGGCCUACCCGCCGCCUCCUCUCCCUCCUUUUCCGCCGUGGAGGCCGGAGGAGCGGGCUAGGCCCGAGCCGGAGGAGGUGCCCGGCGGCGGCGGCGAAGACGAGCGGUGGCUGGGCGCCUUUCUGGCCCGCCGCCGCCAGGCCCCGCCGCCGUCCGCCGCUGCCGGGCCGAGCCCGACGGAGGCGCGGCGGGUGGCCACGGAGGCGCUGCGGCGGGUGGCCGAGGUGGCGGCGCUGUGCCGGACCUGGCGGCGGCGGGGCGACGACACCAUACAGGAGGAGGAGGAGGCGGCGGCCGAGCAGCGCCUGGCCGAACUGCGGGCCCUGGUGCGACCCUUGCGCGAGCCCGCCUGCCUGGCCGCCCUUGCCCGCAAGGCCCAGCGGGCCCGCCGGAAGCGGCGGCAGCGGCAACGGCGGAGACAGGAGGCCCGGGAGAUCCGCCUGGAGACGGAGGCCCGGGCGGUCGAACGGGAGGCGCGCAUAGACACCUGGAGGGCCCGCCGCGCCCAGGAGGUGGAGGAGAAGCGCCGGGAACAGGAACUCAAAGCUGCUGCCGAUAGCGUGCUGUCUGAAGUAAGGAAGAAGCAAGCGGACACAAAGCGGAUGACAGAAAUCUUAUGCGUAUUUGGAAAAAAACUGGAGGAAAUCCUCGGAGAAAAGAAGCUGGCGGCAAGGACAGGAGUCUGCCCGCCCCCCGAAGCAGACGAAGCCUUUGAAGAUGAAGUCCAGAGCUUAAGAUUAUUGAUCAAGCAGCGCACGGAAGUGUACGAAGCUGAAGAACGAGCUUUGCGGGUUAUGCUAGAAGGGGAGCAGGAAGAGGAGAGGAAAAGAGAACUGGAGAAGAAAGAAAAGAAAGAAAAGGAGAAACUGCUGCAGCAGAAACGGGAAAUGGACAGCAAGCUUCCUUUUGGGGAUCCAGAGGAGUUUCCCCUUCAUCACUUUUUGGAGCCGCUUUAG